CAGCACCCUUUCCCCUUUGCAGCAGCAGGCGUCCCAACCGCCCUUUUUCCCACCUCUCUCCCUCCCCUUCCUCUCCCCUCCCAGACACACGCACACACAUCAUCCCCGCCGUCAGUGAGGAUGAUCAUCCCGGAAGGCCCGUCGCUUGAUCUGUCUGUGACGCUGCUGCUGAUCCUUCCGCCGAUAGUGGGGCUGAUAUGGUCUGUGUACGAGACGGUGUUUGUGACGAGGAUCCAGCUGGUCGGGCCGAACGGGGGGGACAAAACCAUGAGGGCGCCCAUUCACUCAGACACUGAGGUGAGCUCAGCUCAGGGAGAAAGGCGCAGAGGGGCAGGGUGGAGGUGGCGGGAGAGAUCUGACCCUUUUGGAUCUUCUGUUGGCUGACGAUGGUGGUGUGUGUGUGAUUGCCUGUGCAGCCCGGCGAGAAUGUGGAGAAUCAGCUCAAGCAGAUGAAGAGCGUUGCCGAGAACAUCGCCAAGGGAGCAAACACAUUCUUGUUACAGGUGCGGACACACACACACGCACACACACAGACACACCGACUCACUGCAAUCGAUUAUGUGGUGUGCUCCCUCUCGGUUCCCUCUGUGUCUGUCUGUCUGUUGUCUGUCUGUCGUGUCUGUCGAUCGCCUCCAUCCAUCCAUCCAUUUAUCAGGAGUACAAGUACAUGGCGGUAUACAUCGUGGUUUUCUCUGUGUUCAUCGCCUUCUUCGUCGACCCUGGUCAGCCAGCCAGGGAAAGAAACGUGCCAAGCCGGGAGGGUCAAUCUUGCAACACGUGUUUCUCUCUCUCUCUCUCUCUCUCUCUCUGUCCACCCCUGUCGUGUGUGUGUGUGUGGUUGUGUGCAGCGACUAUGGUGUCGUUCAUUGUGGGUUCCCUGACGUCCAUUCUGUGCGGCUACAUCGGCAUGAAGAUCGCAGUCUAUGCCAACGUCCGCACUUCACACGAGGCUUGGAAGGAACUCGGUGAGUGAGAGCCAGCCAGCAGCACAGCAACACUUCUCCCUCCCUCCGUCUCUCACUGUGGUGCCCUCGUGUGGUGUGUGCGUGGUGUGUCAGGUCCUGCCUUCGAGGUGGCGAUUCGUGCCGGCUCUGUCAUGGGUUUCACGUUGACUUCGCUGGGCGUUAUCAACCUGUUCCUCCUGAUCGUCAUCUAUCGCCUGAUACCCAACAUGGACACACAGGCAUGCUUCGAGGCCAUCGCUGGUCGGUCGAAGGAAGCUACCGCAGACAGACACACCAGACACACAAGACACGUUCACCGGGUGGCUGUGUUGCCGUGUUUGUCGCACACAUGUGCCCAGGUUAUGGUCUGGGUGGCUCGUCGAUCGCCCUCUUUGCGCGUGUGGGUGGCGGCAUCUACACCAAGGCCGCGGACGUGGGCGCCGACCUCUCGGGCAAAAACGACUUCGGCAUGGACGAAGACGACCCAAGGUCUGCCGACUUUUUGGCCAUCCUGCCUGCGAAGCGAAUUCCCCCGUCUGUCUCUUUGCCGUCCGUGCAGGAACCCCGCGUGUAUUGCGGACAACGUGGGGGACAACGUGGGCGACGUGGCUGGGAUGGGCGCCGACCUGUUCGGGUCGCUGGCCGAGUCGACGUGUGCCGCUUUGGUGAUUGCGGGGGCCAAGACGAGCGGGCUCAACGCCACGUGGGCCGGGCUGAUGUACCCGGUGCUGAUAUCCUCGACGGGCAUCAUUGUGGGGCUGCUGACCAUCAUUGCCGUGAGGGUGUUCAUCCCCGUCAGGGAGAUCUCGGACAUCGAAAAGGUCGGCCAGUGAGUGAGAACGGGAGAAUAGUCAGCCAGGAGGGACAGACAGAAGGUGUCUGACCGUGCUUGUGCUGUGUGUGUGGUCGAGCAUCAGGCGCUGAAGGGCGUGUUGUUCAUUUCGACUGGGCUGGAGACGCCCCUGGUUGUGGUGCUGUCGCUACUCUUCCUGCCUGAGAAGUUCACUCUCGUGUCGGGCACUACCACGCUCGAAGUGCUCUGGUGAGGGAGGGCAGCGAUGCGACAGACAGACAGCACACAGAGGAUGGGUGCGAUGGUUUAUGGGCGUGUGUGCGUGUGUGUGUGUGUAGGUGGAAGGCGAUGAUUUCGGUGCUGCUCGGUCUGUGGUCGGGCCUCAUCAUCGGCUACGUCACGGAAUACUACACCUCACAUUCAUACUACCCCGUCAGGGUACGUGCCUUCCCUUCAUCUACGGCCACCACCACACACACCACACACACAAUGAUCUAUCCUCUCUCUCUUGUGUUGUGUGUGCAGGAGAUCAGUCGCACCCAGAUUGUGUCAGCAGCCACGGGCAUCAUCUACGGCAUGGCCCUCGGCUACAUGUCCACCGUCAUACCCGUCAUCUGUAUCGCCAUCUCUGUCUGUGUGGCGCACUCCUUCUGCGGAAUGGUCAGUCAGCCCUAGCCAAUACACACACACACAUCCAUCCGACCCUGCACACACGCGUCAAUCGGUUGUCCCCCUGUGUGUGUGUGUGUGUGUGCUCGGCUCAGUAUGGAAUUGCUCUAGCCGCUUUGGGUAUGCUGUCGACUCUGACGAUGGGGCUGACCAUUGACGCGUACGGGCCCAUCAGUGACAACGCCGGAGGAAUCGCAGAGGUCAGCCCGGCAUCAGGCCAGGCGCCCGACAGACCAAAAACAGCCGGGCUCAUUGAGAGGUGUGUGGUGUGUGCGUGUGUGUGCAGAUGGCGGGUCUUGGUGGUGAGGUCAGGUACCGCACUGAUGCCCUCGACGCCGCCGGCAACACAACCGCCGCAAUCGGUAGGUACCCAUCACACCCAUACACACACACAGAGGUCUUCUACGUCUUCCCGUCUGUGUGUGUGGUGCAGGUAAAGGUUUUGCCAUCGGGUCCGCAGCGCUUGUGUCGCUCGCCCUCUUUGGCGCCUACACGGUGCGGGCCAAGAUCGCCUCAGUGGACAUCCUGGACACUUGGACCUUCAGCGGCCUGCUGUUUGGCGCGAUGAUGCCCUACGCCUUCUCCGCCAUGACCAUGAAGUCCGUCGGCGUCGCCGCAAACGAUAUGGUGCGUGCGCGAGGGAACGAUAGCACAAAGAAUGGUGUGGGUGGGAACUUGUGUGUGUGUGCGUGUGUGUGUGUGUGUGUGGUUAGGUGAAAGAGUGUCUGGAUCAGUUCCCGGGCAUCAUCAACGGGACGAUGGAGCCGCAGUACGAGAAGUGCAUCUCCAUCUCGACCCAGGCGUCACUGAGGGAAAUGAUCGCACCCGGCGCGCUCGUCAUCCUCUCGCCCAUCCUUUUCGGCCUCGCCUUCGGCAGAAACUGCACAGCCGGUCAGACAAACACACCACCACCACCUAAGGUGCAUCCAUCGGCCCUCUCUCUCUCUCCCUCUGUGUGUGUGUGUGUGUGUGCAGGUCUGCUUGUGGGGGCGUUGGUGUCGGGCAUUCAGCUGGCCAUCUCGGCGUCCAACUCAGGAGGCGCAUGGGAUAACGCCAAGAAGUAUAUCGAGGUCAGGACAGAGGCGAUCGAUGCAUCACCUGAGGGCCUAUACUGAUGCCGCUGUGUUGUGUUGGGUCUGAUGCGUGUGAUGGUCAGUCUGGCGCACUUGGCCCCGAUCACGCCAAGGGCAGUGCCGCACACAAGAAUGCCGUCACAGGCGACACCGUCGGCGACCCUCUCAAGGUACACAAGACACACCGAACCGCACACACAAACACAAAACACGCGGAUCGCCCCUCCCUUCCUGCGUGUGUGAUGUGAUGGUGUGUGCGGAUCAGGAUACAUCCGGCCCUUCCCUGAACAUAUUGGUGAAGCUGUCGGCCAUCAUCAGUCUGGUCUUCGGCAGCCUCAUCAGCAGAAUGUCCAACGAACACGGCGGACCGGUUUGGUUAAAGACGGGUUCCGUCACGGCGCCACCACCCGCACUCGCAGCGCUUUAGACAAACCAGCGGGAGGCAACGAAGGAAGGGCGUACACCGUAUACGUAUGAUCUAUAUAUCAUGGUUGUUGCUUUCUCUUCAUGGAGAGAGAGGGGAGAGGGAGGGAGGGAGGGAGGGACAUGUGUGCUGUGUGUCGGGGGGGCGAUUUUGUGCCUGCCUCUCUGCCUGCCUGCCUGCCUGCCUGCCUGCAUGGCGUAAGUAAGUAUUUUAGUUGGUUCGCUCGCUCUCACCCCCUUGCUGUUUCACGCCGGCAUACGUAACUCUCUCUCUACGCGUCUCGUCUCGUGUCGUCGGUUCCUGGAGAUGGCGAAGCGGGCGUAUCCCAGCCGCAUCCUUGGGCAGCGAUGCGGCUGAGAUGGGUCCGCCUCACCAUCUGUCGGAACACGCACACCUGACGGCUCACAUGGUUGCAGGAGCCUUCAGGUGAUCGACAUCCGUGUUCUAGUCGCUUUGUGAGAUGACUGACACUUGACUUACCGUCAGUGAUGCAAUGCCCGCGAACCUGUGAAGGGAUUUGUGGGCGAGGCAGCACCGACGGCGUGUUGAAAGUCUCGGCAUCUUGCUCGGAGUGAAGAACGUCGAUAUGUUUCAUCUGUCCAUGGUGCACUGUAAUUGUUUUCGUCUGGUGGCACUCCACUCACUUUCCCGACGUCCUGUGUGUGUGCGUGUGGAUAUCUGUGGAGGGUUUAUGCACUCACCCACCGCCCACCCGCUCUCGCUCUCGCCCUCUGUCUCGUUCGCCCAUCCCUCCCUCGCGCGCACAUCACAUGGUUUUGUUGAUGGAGGACUGAUGGCUCUCUGUCUGUUUGCGUGUGCGUGAUGUGUGUGCGAUGUCUGUUCCGACCGACGGAUGGGAAGACAGCGGUCCAAUUAGGGUGGUGGAAACUUUACAUGAGUGCCUGCGCGCACACACAUUAGAGCGGAGCACAACGCCACAAAGAGGGAGAGGGAGAGAGAGCUUCCAUGCGUAUCGCAUCCAUCCAUCCAUCCAUCCAUGUGUCUGUGUGAGUGUGUUUGCGCGUGUGUAUGUCUUGCGCACAAAGGCCAUUAAUUCGACACUUGCUUGUGUGUCCUGUGUGCUUAUGAGCGUGUGCGUGCCCCAUGCGAUGUGUGUGUGGCCACGACGAGACAAGACGAGCCAAGGCGACAGACAAACUUUAUCUGUGGUGCACAACCCACACGCGCACGCCACUUCACUUUCGUUUCAAUGUGCUCUGUGCGUGCGUGAACCGAUCCAUGUGCGCGUCUGUCUGUCUGGUUACGUGAGACAGACAGACAGACAGACAAGGGAGUUUUCCAUAGCAGCAAGCACGAGCAGCAGCAAGCCAGCGACCAUCCAUGCAUUCCUCCUUGGCUAUUUUUGCGCCGGCCCUCCUCCCUCCCUCCCUGCCUGCCGGGCUCGUGCAGUCCACAGAUGUGCUGUUGGUUUACAUCUGUGUGUGUGCCUGCCGUCGUUUUGCGUGCGUGUGCAUGUCUGUGGGUGUCGGUCGACGAGGAGAGCAAAAGAGUACGGUAGGAGCGGAGCGAUGGUCGGCUGACUGGUGCCAUGCUCCCUCCAGUUUCAAGCAUCGAGCCAGCAAACAAGCAACAGAGGGAUAGUCGAUAAGUACACUCUUACGUCGUGUGUGUGCGCGUGAAUGCCUGCCUGUCUGUCUGUCUGGUGUCCCCUCUGCUGGCUGGCACCUUCCUUCCUGCCUUCCUGCCAGACGGACGUUUUGCCGACCGAUCCACCCCCUCUCCCCUCCCACCCAU